AUGUUUCCUGAUGUUUCCAUUUCCAGCAGUUUCCAGAAGCAGUUGGAAACAGUUCACAUAGUUUCAUACAGUUUCACAGUCAAUCACAAACCAUAACAGUAGAUCAACCUAGAUCAACCGUGAUACAUCAAAGCAAAGAUUUGUAUACAAUGACACAUCAGUGCAAUUGUGGAGAAACACACAACGAAGGAGAGUUGGGUUUACAAUAUAAUUUAAAUACAAAAAUUGAUAUAGAAAAUGUAGAGUGUUUAAACGAAUACCGGGAUGGUAGUGGUGCUACUGUAUUUAAACCAUGGGAAGAGAGAUUAGAUAGAAAUAAAUAUGUGGAAAGUGAUAUGGAUAAUGAACUUCUAUUUAAUAUUCCUUUUACAGGAAAUAUAAAAUUAAAAGGCCUCAUUGUUAUUGGAGGUGAAGAUGAUUUUCAUCCAGAUAAAGUAAAAUUAUUUAAAAACAGACCUUUCAUGACAUUGGAUGAUGCAGCUACAACAUCUGAGCAAGAAUUUGAAUUAUGUGUUGAUACACAUGGAAUACAUGAAUAUUCUCUUAAAGUAGUCAAAUUUUCAUCAGUACAUCACUUAAGUUUAUAUUUUACUGGAAGAGAAGGAGGAGACAAAAUUAAAAUUUAUUAUAUUGGUUUAAGAGGGGAAUGGUCCCCUGGUCAUAAACAUGGUGUCACUAUCUGUACUUACGAAUCACGACCACAGAUACACGACCAUCUACAGGAUGUUGAUCACGAUGAUAUUGAUAGAGCAAUUACUUAAUUUUGUGAUGAUAAACAAAAUCUGAACUGUGUUACGAAAUAAAGUAUUUAAAAAAUCCAAUAAAUAAAUACUUAUAUUGAAAUGAACAA